UUUGUAAAUAAUAACGACCAUCGUGUGAUGGAGUGUAUUGAUAUUUAUAAAAGCAUUGUUGAUACUGUGGACAAUGUUAAGACGCCAUUUGACAUAUUGUAUGCCGUUACUUUAGUUAAUUUUACGCCAAAUCUCGUGUUAUCAGCUUACUUGGGGCUUAUCAAAUUGAAAACGUAUAAUGGAGACGUAAAUAUUGGAUUCCUGUCAGGUUACAUGAUUAGAAUAAUGUAUUACUUGCAAGAUUUCGCCAUACUGUUCGUGCCCGCAAUUUCAUCUGGUCUUAUGGCGCACCAAGUUAAAGAGCUGCUGAACCGGCUGCAAAAUAGGUUACUACAAGAAAGGUCUGAAGAUCACGCAGCCACCAUAGAGCUGUUCAUCUCCUACGUGUCCGCGCGGCCACUCGAGCUCACCUUGUAUGACGUCAUCAAGCUGGACUGGUCGCUUCCUAUUGCUAUAUUUAAUCUUUGCGUCACAUACCAGAUAGUUGUAGUGCAACUUACUCACAUGUAUUAACCCUUAAACCGCCACAUACCGACACAUUAAUUCCAAGAGUGUAGUGUCUUGAUUCCUUAAAAAAAACACUAAAUUCUAGCCCUGGCAACAAAUAAUUUUCAAUUGGCAAUAAAAAGUAUGUCAAAUUGACUAGGGGUGUCCGAAUUAUUAUAAAAAUUU